CGAACAUAUGACUCAAGAGGAUUGGCACCACUUAAUUGACGAUGUGUUGAAAAGCAAAGAACACAAGGUGAGAUCAAAAGCUGGCAAAAAGAAUAGGAAAAAGCUUGAGUACAAUCAUUGUUCAGGAUCUCGGUCAUUUGUUGCAACAAUGACUAUACAGCCGGAGUUUAAUGGUUCUGAAAACCUUGAAUUUUCAGAAUUCUAUAAGAAAACUCAUACCAAGAAGAACAAAGAGUGGAUUGAUCCUAUUUGCGCCAUGAAAUAUUCAAAGAUGUUGAGCUUGCGAGAAGAAUCUUUCCAAUCCGGUGUGUAAUUAACAUCAGAGGAGAUGUCUAAGCAGGCACUUGGAAAAAGGAAGAGAUACAUUCUUGGAUUUGGGGAUGGGCCAAAGCCCUCUUCAUCUUCUUCCACACCUAGUCGUGUAUCACAAGACCAUGUUGGGGAGUUGCAGAAACUUAAAGCUGAGAUGGAGGAGAUGAAGAUGGAGCGUGAGGAGCUGCGGAGGCAAUUGGAGCAGGAGAGGAGAGAGCGUGAGGAGGAAAAGAAAGAGUGAGAGGAAGA